CCUCCUUGUCUGUGUGGAAAAUGGAAUGGUCAUGUGGAAGCGCGUUUUCUCGAGCACUAGUCCGAACUCGGCAUUUUGCCCUAACCCCACUCCUACCAGUGCCUCGGUUAACUGCAAAUCUUCUCGGUUAACUGCAAACUCGGAUUCUUUCUUCCCUCUUUUUCAACAAACCGUCACCAUCCAGAUUUCACGUGACCCAGCUCGCUUAAUCCAUCAACCAACACUCGGUGCACAUUUGCCCCUUUUCAAUCGCCGCUCGCCAUGGAUCAAGGCCAUGGCGACGGCUGGGACCCCAGCAACUUUGCUGACGGUACCUGGAGCAAUGAAUACGGCGGCGCCUUUGAGCAAACCGAUGGCUUGUAUCGGCCCUUUGCCUUUUACGACUCGGGCGAUGUCUGGUCGGGUCACGCCGAGGCCAGUCCCGCGCCGUAUGGCUAUGAUCAAAGCUUUGGCAAUGUCAUGGUAAACGGUGCUGCGUCUACUCCGGAUGGCUAUCAUCAGGGAUCAGUCGCGCAGUGGCAGGGACAGGCUCAGCCUGCUUUCGCGCCACCAGCCCUCUCUGCUUCGACAUCCGUAGACACACCUCCAUCUUUCUUCUCCGGCAGCGGCUCAGAGGCGUCAAUGCCCACGUACCAGGCGGAGCUGCAUCAGCAAGGCCAAAUGAAUACACCCCAGAUCCAUGCCCAAUUCGCGGCCGCUUUGAAUGGGCAGCCACAGCAUACCCGAGUAACAGCUGCUCAGACACCAGGCGUCAUUUCUGACAGUAUUCAUGUCGGAGCCCAGCAGCCAGCUCAGCAGCCAACCCAGCAGCCAGCACAAAGGGUCCAAGUACUCCAGCAAUCGGAGCGUCCUUUCCAACACUCCACUGCUCAGACAUUCACCAGCCAGUCGGAUUAUCAAUCCCAAGCGGCGCCAUCGAACAAUGCUGUUGCUGAUUUGAAGCGCAGCGUUGCGCCCGACUCUCAGAAUACGCCAGUUGUAGCCAAGAAGGCCAAGGUGGAUGCGCCUGAAGGUGCCAACACCUAUUCGGCACCGGGCAGCCCUCUGGCCGUUCUCCCGCCGCGCCCCGAUGCCAGCACCAUCCAUGAAGACACCAGUCUCAUGGCGGAAGCUCGCGGCCGCAAUGGAGCGACCUGGGGAGGAGUACCAAACCUUGCCGUCGGCCCCGCUCCCGUGCAGCUCCAGCACAGCACACCGACGAAACGAUAUGUGACUCUGGCGACCAAAGGAGGCAGAGAUCCUCUGUUCCCCAUGUUAUGGCGAGGCUGGACCCCUGCCGAGUGCCUCGGAAACCAUGCCGAUGCUUAUCGGAAGGCAACGAGCCUCCUCGACCUGCAGCGGGCGAAUGUGCGCCUUGACAUUGAGAUGGAGCGAGCAAAUGCCAAAAUUCCUGCCGACUGGCAGAAAAAGCUGCCGGAGACCCAAUUCAACACAGGGGCUCCCAAUAGUGACAAUGGAGGCGUCGUGAAACCUGUGGAGCCAAUUCUCAGCGGCAUUGAAGCCGUCGAGACUCUUCGUCUCCAUCCGGCACAUCUUGCCAAUUCUGACCUGGUGACAAGCGCUUGUGCCAAGUUUGCAAAGAAGUUGCUCGAAGCGGCCGACCCUCUGUUUGAAGCGCUCAAGUCGAUACCCAAAGGCGAUGGCAGCUCUGCGACGGCAGAACUCGGCUCACUGAGGGACAAACUUGUCCAUGUGAUCAAUGAGGUCCUCAAGUCUGUGCCGAGCAGCUUGUUGGCAGAUGUGGGCCAAAUCAACAGAUUCCCCGUGAGACUCAGAAACCUACUCAUCCGACUGAUCAAUGCGGGUGAGGUGAAUUCACCAGUGGUCAAAGCCAUCUUCCACUUGUACACGCGAUUCACCAAGGUCAAGUCGGAACAGCUUGAAGCUUGGGGUAUGGGGAAGAUCAGGGACAAGGUGAACAGUCAGGGUGACGACGAGGCCAAGGCACUGAUAGCUCAGGUUUAUGAAACGGCAGAGCGAAACAGCGGCGAAGGCGGCAGCAGCAACAGCGACACCCCUUCCACGGCCGAAAACGCGUCAUCCAAAAAGAGGGCAACUCAGGCUGGCGCCCCUCCAAAAAGGGAAAUUUCUGAGCGCGAAACCAAAAAGACAGCUCCAGCGAAACCCGCAACGGCCACUACAAACGGCAAAAAGUUUCCCACAACCACAUCAACAACAGCAAUGGCAUCCGAUAGUGAGCCCAAGAAGGUUGCUGGAAAGCCCGCCGCAAAAGUUGCACCUGCAUCGACAGGAACUAAGCGGUCACGGGAAGACGAUGCUGCCGCUGGCGAGCUGCCCUCAUCCAAGAAGCCUGCCAACGACACUUUGACUCCCGCCUCAACCUUUGCAAAUAGCGUCAAGUCAACUUCGGCCGCUACAAAAAUUUCUUCCACCAAGUCACCGGCAGCCACACAACUUUCUUCCUCCACCAAGUCGUCUACAGGAGGAACACCGACGACUGCACAAACCAAACCUCGAUCCGGGCUUUUGCUUCCUGGUAAGGCACGCCCAAUUUCAAAGCCAACACCAAAAAGCGAUCCCGCAAAGUUGGAACCUCCGAAAACUGGUGCGAAACCGGAUUCGCCGCCCAAAACACAGCCCACAAAAUCAGCGGUGCCUGGCUCUACAAAAGCUUCUAAACCAAAGCCUGCUGAAUCGACCAAAGAGAUGGCCCCCUCGGCCUUUUCCGCGUUGAUGGCUGAGAUUGACAACGGCGAAAAGGCCAACAAGCCAGAGCCAUCGGCCAAAGCCGCGACGCCGGCGCAGCAACCCCCGCCGGCCGCCGAGGCGAUCGAGACCCCCGAGCAGCGGGAGCGUCGCCUGCGUAAAGAGCAGCGCAGGGCGCUUAAUCUCCGAGUCACUUUCAAGAGCGGCGAAGGAUUGACUGAGAUCAAAGAAUUCACCCGUCAUCCGGAAGAGAUUGCUGAGCAACAGGGUCACAUGGCUCGCAACGUCAAGACUGACGGCCGCAUCAAGAACAGCGAGGAGAGCGAAAUGAUGAAGAAACUCCACAGCAACAAAGGUGUCAAGGCCGAAGAUGUCAACGACAAGUGGACAUGGAAGGGUCCCAAGACAAUUGAUUUCGCCAAGCGCAUCCCGCAGGAGAAAAGAGAGCAGACCUACGACACUCGCGGUGGACUCAAGACUUUUGAAACCGAGGAGCAGAAGCUCAUCAAGGAGCGAGAGUCGACGGAGCUCAUGGCCGUUUACCACACCAAGGCCGAUAUACCCCCCAAUCCGAGAUCGCCACCCUACGAACCAUCGCUCUCCGGCUCUGGUGAUCCCAGGCUUGAAAUUCGCCUGUCGCCUGGAACCCCCGAGUAUCCAGAGAUGAUGCAGCGGACCGACGAAUGCACUCGUUAUGGCACAUAUUACGCCUCUCGCGCUGCGCAACAGCGCCUGGAAACCAAGGCCCGUCUCAACUAUGCUUCGUACCACGGAGCAGCUGCGCGCCAGCCCGAUGCUCCGGUUCAGGAUGCUCGAACCUGGUAUGAUCCGGCGACGGCCUCGCGCCGUGACCAGCAGACUUACGAGCUUCUCACCUCGGAUCGCGUCAAAAACUGGAAGGAUCCCAAUCCGUACGAUGCAGCACGUCCGAAAACGGAGCAACAUGACAAGCCGAUGGAUCCCAAGCUCCAGAUGGCGCUUAACAGCAUUGAGGCGGUGGUCCAAUCGAUGCAGCAUGAUCGGCAGAACGAGGUUGCUCAGGCCGCAGCUGCCCGCGCCGCCCAGCCAAUUCUGCCCGAGGUGGCUCAGCCUGCCGUAAUCCCCACCACACAGCCAGCCCAGGCCGCGGCGCCGGAUUAUUCGGCAGCUUGGGCUCAGUACUAUGCGGCCCAACAGCAACACCAGCAGUCAUGGUACGGUCAGCAGAUUCCGUACGCGGCUUACCUUCAACAACCUGCGGGUACCCAUAGCACUCAGCCGGCCAACAACCAGAUCGCGAGCAUCUUGGCGGCUCUUCAGACCCAGCAGCCUGCCCCGACCCAAGCGCAGUACCCCGCUGUCGAUGCCAACCAAGUCCAGACCCUGUUGGCAGCCCUGGCUAAUGGCAACCAAGCUCAGGCCGCAGCGCCAACCCAGGCCGACCCACAGAACCAAUACCUGCUUGAGAUAAUGAAGCUGGCUUCGGCUGCACAAAACCAAGGCCAGGCCCAAAGCGGUCAGGGCGCCCACGGCAUCCAGUACUACGGCCAGACUCAGGCAUACCCCCCGGCCCACCAAGAGCACCCCGGCUACGGCCGACUUAACCAAGACAACUAUGGAAGCGGUAGCCGCGAUCCCAAUCGCGGCUACCGACGAAAUGAUCGGGGCGGCGGUGCUCGCCGGUAUAAUGGCGAAAAGGAAGACGAUGUCCCGGAGCACCUCCGAGGCAUCAACCGUGCCUUGAUCGGCACGAAGCAAUGUGCGUUUUGGGCCCGAGGCCAGUGCGCCAAAGGUGACAAGUGCACCUUUCGGCACGACUGAGCCCGAUGCCUGGGUGGCCGCUUUUUUUCCUUGUAUGAGUAGACCCAAUAACUAGCUAGUCCUGCUGGAGACCGUUCUCUUGAAAAAACCUGUAUACUUAUAUGUGUUUGUAUGAAGACGUGUGUGUGUGGGGGUGUGUGUCUCUCUGUAUGUCUGCCUAACGUCCCGCGACACAGUUCAUAAGUAGACAGGGCCAAACCAGACCAAGCCAUGUAUGGACAUGCGAAGCUACAUGUACGUCUUGUAUACAAAAUUGUAGUGUGCGUACUGCCACUCCAGUCAAGCCCAAAGGCCUGGAGGGUCUGUUCGAUGACGCCUCCCCAACCGCCUUUAUGGUUUCCGGACCGGAGAGAUCCAUCUACACCCCUCUCCUCCCUACCCGGCGGUCUAACGGUUGCUUAGGUCCGGACUGUAACUGAUCCUCCUAGGCUCUGUAUGUAGUCGGCUUGAUUAAAAUAGCAAUAAAGCAAAGCAAU